CACCACCACACAUUACCUGACAAAAAUCCUCCUCAUUAUCUGCUAAUGACCUUGGUAUUGAUGAAACUGCCAGUCCUUAUCACAUAGUGUAGUACAAAACAGUGACUGGCCGAACCUGCGUUCCUUGAAAGGUGCAACGAUGAGCAACGACAGCAUGUCGACAAGAAUAGCCAACUUCCGACCACUGGUCGCUGAGCUCGGCUCUGCUCUGAAGAACUUCCAGCAAUCCGGCUCGAAAUUCCGAGUCCUUAAGACUGUUCACCCGAAGAGCGCAAAGCCCGAGCCACCAUCGUCGCCAGCCUCCAAUGAAUCUCCUCGGACCCUCUUCAUUCUGGACUCAUCCUUCAAUCCACCGUCAAUCGCCCACCGCUACAUCUCCAUGGCCGCACUCCAAAAGUCUACCAGCGAUUCAUUCCCGAAAUCACAUCGAUUACUACUUCUCUUUGCAACAAUGAACGCCGACAAAGCUCCGUCAGCCGCAUCCUUCGACCAACGACUGACAUUGAUGUGCAUCUUCGCGCAAGACCUAGUAGAAAGCCUAAAAGCCAAGUCAGACGAGUACUCAGUCGUCCCGAUCGAUAUUGGCGUGACCACCGUACCUUACUACACGGACAAGACUGCUGCCAUCCAGGAGGAAGGCUCUGAGUGGUAUCCUUCCAAACCGAAGCACAUCCAUCUGGUCGGCUACGACACCCUGGUCAGACUCUUCAACGCAAAAUACUACUCGAAAUUCGACCCACCAUUCUCAGCACUGAACCCGUACUUUGAUGCCGGCCACAGGUUUCACGUAACGUUGCGACCGGACGAAGAGUACGGCUCGGAGGAGGAGCAAAAGGCGUUUCUGAAGAAAAUCGAAGAUGGGGAGCUCGAGGACCAAGGCGGCAAGAGGGAAUGGGCGAAGCAGAUUCAACUUGUCCCCCCGCAUGCCGAAGGCGGCGUGAGUAGUACGAAGAUCCGAAAGGCGGCGAAGCGAGAAGAUUGGGCGGAGUUGAACCGCCUCACUCUCCCUACUGUCGGGGCGUGGGUGAAGGAGGCGAAGAUUUAUGCGGAGGAUGAUCGAGGUGCGAAGAUGGCUUGAACGUGACCGAUUUAGAAGGUGGACGGCCAUGCACCUCCUGCUGCUCGCAUCAGUUCGAUGGCAAAACAAGCGGCAUCCCGGGCGAGAUACCUGCCCCGGCGAUCACUACGCAGUCAUGAUCCACUCCUUCGCCAGAGCACAGAUGAUCCUGACUCCCUGGACACAGAAGUUGCAGCAUUUCCAGAGAUUCAUGGGCGUCAUGAAAAGCUCUAUCCAGCCAAAAACGGUGCAAUUUCUGUUGUAGCAAGCAUUUGCAACCUCGAUGGUAGCGAGAGUGGACGAGUAUGCGAGCCAAAUACCUGCAGAUGUCGACAUAAUGGGUAUGAGGAUGGCGAUGAUGUAGGCUAAGUGGUUCCGAUCCUGUCUCGGGGGGUCGUCCAUGGCCACGCAGCAUGAGAUGGCGCUGUUGUUGGUUCGCAGUGCUACAUAUAGAAUCGGAUGAAAAAUGAGAGACA